AUGCCUCGCGGAAACGCUUCCCAGUCUAAGGUCCAUUACCAGGGUAAAGAAGAGGACUUUGUGAUCUACAUUGAUGACAUUGAGUCUGUGCAAAAGUGGAAGGGCGACCGUUCCAUCCCUCUAGCUCAGGUGGUUAGCGGCUUCAAGAUCUUUGUUACGCACAAACACGGGGCUCAGAAUGCGUACGACGCAGCAAGUAAGGCUACUUUGGAGAAUGAGUUUGGCACAUCCAAAGAGGACGAGUGCAUGACCAAAAUUCUGGAGACUGGAGACCUUCAGCAUACCGAGACGGGAGAACGUCAAGGACCUAAGAAUGACAGCAUGGGAACUCGGUCGGCUCAUUGA